GAGGGGUGAGCGGGAGAAGAGAGCGGAGUGAUGGGGCUCGCGGCCCGCCCAGGACUGAGCCUGCCAAGCGGAGGAUCGCCGUAGUCGGAUGAGAGGGGGUCUAGAUAAGAAGAAAGACGGGGGCAACUCGGACGACUGGCGGAGGCUCUGGACCAGGACGCAAAGCCUUUAAGCCGGGUCUCGGGGUGAAGGCGGAAUGGGUACGGAGUGGUGUCGGAAAUAGGGAACUACGACUCCGAGAGGGCGUAGCGGCCAAGCGCCGGGAGUUGUGACCGGGAGGCCGGACGGGACUGGUAGUUUUGCGGACCCCUUACGCUGAGGUUUGCGAGGUCGGAAGCCCCAAGGCCUGGGGCUCCCACACGGGAAAGAGAUGGAACUGGAGCAGAGAGAAGGGACCAUGGCAGCCGUGGGCUUUGAAGAGUUCUCAGCACCACCAGGCUCAGACUUGGCGCUGCCCCCGCUGUUCGGUGGCCACAUCCUCGAGAGCGAGCUUGAGACCGAGGUGGAGUUCGUGUCCGGGGGUCUGGGCGGCUCGGGGCUUCGGGAGCGAGAUGAAGAGGAAGAGGCAGCCCGGGGCCAGCGGCGGCGCCAGCGGGAACUAAAUCGCAGGAAGUACCAGGCGCUAGGCCGGCGCUGCCGGGAGAUCGAGCAGGUGAACGAGCGCGUCCUGAACAGGCUCCAUCAGGUCCAAAGGAUAACGCGGAGGCUCCAGCAGGAGCGCAGGUUCCUCAUGAAAGUGCUGGACUCCUAUGGCGAUGACUACCGCGCCAGCCAGUUCACCAUCGUGCUGGAGGAUGAGGGCAGCCAGGGCACAGAGGCCCCCACCCCAGGCAAUGCCGAGAACGAACCUCCAGAGAAAGAGGGGCUAUCCCCGCCCAGAAGGAUGCCCGCACCUCCUGAACCCAGCAGCCCGGCCCCCGGUGAGGGGCCCAGUGGGCGGCGGCGGCGGCGCGUGCCCCGGGACGGACGCCGGACGGGAGCUGCGCAGACUCCAGAACUGGCCCCAGUGCAGAUCAAGGUCGAGGAUGACUUCGGCUUCGAAGCAGAUGAGACCCUGGACUCCAGCUGGGUUUCUCAGGGGCCAGACAAACUGCUGCCCUACCCGACCCUAGCCAGCCCUCCCUUUGACUGAUUCCCCACCCACCCA